AAGUGAACUCUGUUUACGUGUGAUCAGGGGUGUAUUCAUUCCUCCGAUUCUGUUGAAAAACAAUUCUUAAACGGAACAAAACGGGGAUAAACAUACGUGAAUUUGUCAAAUAGAAACUCUCCUUUGCAACUCUUGGAUGAUAAUGAUUACACCCUAUACCAGCUAGAUGCAGGCAAGAGUGUGUCUCUUGACCUGUAUGUACCUAAACUUUCAAUAAUUGCACAGUGACAACCGGAUGGAAAUGCACCUAUUGAUGGCAUACUGCUUAUGCCAUAAACUGUUGUACAAACUUGAUCAUAAGCAGAUAGCUAUGUCCAUUGACAGUAAAAUAGUCUGCCCCCCCCCCCUAAGACUCAUCUUCAACCUAACCUAGGUGCAUACACAUAAUACAAGUAUUAUAAUAUGCCAUAUUCACUGGUUGAGGGUCAAGGCCAGCCACAUUUUGGGAACACGCAUCACUCACCUCCCUUUCUCUUCUAUGACGUGUCAAGCUACCACACAACCCCUAGGUCAUCAUCACUGCAUUGAGGUCACAUCAGCUGACCCAGGGAAUAUAACCUUGCUACAGAGCAAGAUGUUAGGACAGUAGCUACAUAAUAAACAACACAAUGCAGCAGUAUACAGGAUUGCUGGGGAUCCUCCAUUGUGUGUGUGUGUGUCUCGGCAGUGGAGUUUAAGUAGCUAUGUGUGUCUCUCUCUCUCUCUUAUUGUCAGAAAGAGCAUCUGUAGCUGAGCAGAAGGAUGGAGAGUUUGGGAUUGCAGGCUGUUGCCCUCAGUGAUGGCUCCACAGCCUACAUUGAACAAGCCAUCAAAGAUGGCAACCUAGUGGAAGGCGAUACUAUUCAGUUGGAGGAUGGUACUACAGCCUACAUUCAGCAGGUCACUAUACAGCAGAAAGAGCCCCUGCCCUUUGAGGACGGCCAGGCAGUGCAGCUGGAGGACGGGACCACGGCAUACAUCCACCACACACCCAAAGAUGGGUAUGAUCCCAGUGCGGUGGAGGCGGUGCAGCUGGAGGAUGGCAGCACGGCGUACAUCCACCACCCCUCGGGCCUGCAGACUGGCAGCACCAUCCUGACUUUGCAGCCAGGGGGUGGCCUGGAGGAGCUAGCUGCAGAUGACACUGUGGACACAGACACCAUCACCACCCUGGAGAACUACGCCAAGAUGACAGGUUCUGAGGUGGAGGUGGAUGAGACCAUGAGCAGUACCAAUGGACUGCAGGACAUAGAGCCUAUUGUACAGGUGAUGGGGUCGUGGGGUUCCCCUAAGGGUCAGCAGACGGCUGAGAAGACAUUCCGCUGUGACUACGAGGGCUGUGGACGUCUCUACACCACAGCACACCACCUCAAGGUGCAUGAGAGGGCUCACACAGGUGUCCGGCCAUACAGGUGUGAUGUGUUGACAUGUGGAAAGGCGUUCGCUACAGGUUACGGCCUGAAGAGUCACCUACGGACACACACUGGAGAGAAACCAUACAAGUGUCCUGAAGACAUGUGCUUCAAGGCCUUCAAAACCUCCGGAGACCUCCAGAAGCAUGUCCGCACACACACAGGUGAGAAGCCGUUUAAGUGUCCGUUUGAGGGUUGUGGUCGUUCCUUCACCACCUCUAACAUCAGGAAAGUCCACAUCAGAACACACACAGGAGAGCGCCCCUACAUGUGCCCUGAACCAUCCUGUGGACGAGGCUUUGCCAGUGCCACCAACUACAAGAACCACAUGAGAAUACACACAGGGGAGAAGCCCUACCUGUGUACAGUCCCUGGUUGUGGGAAGCGAUUUACAGAGUACUCCAGCCUGUACAAGCACCAUGUGGUUCACACACACUGCAAACCUUACACCUGCAACCACUGUGGCAAAACCUACAGACAGACCUCCACGCUGGCCAUGCACAAACGCACCACGCACGGAGACUUUGAGGCCACAGGGGACGGGGAAGAAGCGGUGGAUGACCAAUCACAAGCCUCCUUCCUGGAGGGGGCGGAGCAGAAAGAGGAUGGGACGGAUUCCCAGGUUAUCAUUGGUUCACAGGUGGGUCUGUCGACAGAGGACCUACAGGCACUCAGUACGGCCAUCACCAUGGUAACGCAGGACGGCACAACCAUUUCCCUGCCGACCCACCAGACGGACAUGGCCUCCAUGGGACACCACCACAUCACCAUGGUUACAGGGGAGGGCAAGGAGCUGCAGCCGGUUGCCAUAGUGACAUCGGAGGGUAUUAUGACAGGCGGCUUGCAGGGCUCCGGCCCUCACUACCAGCAGGUCGCACUGCUGGCCACGGCUAACGGCACCCAGAUUGCUGUUCAGCUGGAGGAGCAGCAGACGUUGGAGGAGGCCAUCAGCAUGGCGACAGCUGCCAUCCAGCAGGGAGGGCUGGUUCAAGACGAGGACACAUGAGGGGAGCUGCUGAGACACACCUACCCCCCCAAACAGAGCAUCUUUCCCUGGGUACGACACGGUACCUGCUCCCCUUAGCGCCAACCAGCUCCACAGCACUCCUGGAGCCCUGUCUCCUGCCACAGACACAGAGUGAGCAGAACUCCUAUCCCAGAACCAAUCAGAGAGAGACUUCGAGAAGCCGUUGUCAUGGAUACUGGCUUUAGAAUGUUCAGAUGUGAGCAUGAGCAGAUUGAUCUUUCUUUGUUUUAGCCACAAUACAGUAGCAUACUCAUCCUGCUGCUUCUGAGAAGCAGCACCUGCACUAAAGCUAGCUCCAGUUUGAUUUUACCUCUAGUCUUCAUAAUCAUGAUACAAUAAUGGAUAAAAGCGUCUGCUAAAUGGCAUAUCAUGAUACAAUAAUGGAUUAAAGCAUCUGCUAAAUGGCAUAUCAUGAUACAAUAAUGGAUUAAAGCAUCUGCUA